GUCUCCUGUGAUUUUGACUGUUAACAUAGUUUUCGAUCUGGGUUUGGCACAAUCUGUUCUGAAAAUUUGAUGAAUUUAGGUUCUGAGUUGUGGGUUUGGGUUUCUGAAUCUGUUGAUGAUUUUGAAUUCUGGGUUACCACACUUGAGAUACGAGAUUCUCUCAUUCCUUCCCUCGAACAACUUCAUGAAGAACAUGGUGAUCUUCUCUCUGACCUCGCUGUCAGCUUCCCUGAUCCACCGCCACCACCUGCUGAAGAUAGACCAGUUUCUUCACCUCCACCUCGUGGUCUCACAUAUUCCGCUGCAGAUGUUCGGUACAGUUAUUUCUCCACCGCAGCCACGGGCCACCAUGCUAGGAACCGCCAUUUCUCUGCCUCAUCAUAUCCCUAUACCUCAUUCUCGACACUUCUCCUCUCACUGUCUUUCCCUUGGACUCGUAAGCUCACAAUCCCAUGAUUCAGAAAGCAGAGCUGAGAGUGAUAACAAUGAAGCUGUCUCCGGAGAUGAUCUUGAAGCAGGAGAUGAACCUCUAAGGAAGAAGAAACGUUACUAGCGUCACACUGCUAAACAAAUUCAAGACCUCGAAUCCUAAUACUCUUUCUUCUUAAUAAUCGUAAUACUUUUUCUUCUUAACCACACAAAACUCCUCUUCUUGUUCCAUCAUUACACGAUUUGAAUCUUUAUU